AUGACGGCUGCGCCAUCUUUACACGGUUUUAGGAUGAGCCGACGGCUUUCAACAAUAAUUUUGCUUGCAGCCGCCGUUUCUAUCGCUGCGCAAAUACAGACAGUUUCAUCACAAGCGUACAACCCUUGUACGGAUAGCCCGUGUGGCAUCGGCGGCACGUGUAGCUGGGACACUCAGUACACGUGGACGUGUUCGUGCUAUAGCGGGUACGCGGCCUUCACCACUUCAUUCGACUUGUCCGGCAUAACCGUCUCCGGGCAGACGUGUGUUU